AUGUAUAAGGUGAUGGCCAGGGCCACAUACCCGUGCGACAACAAAGCAAACAAAACAGGAAGAGGACAGGAAUGCGGAGCAGAGAGAGCGACGAAGCAAGGAAGGCCGAAGGGCCAGGUAGACAGGCAGCAGCUGUUUGGGGAACCUCACCCUGGACUGACUAGGCGGGGAUGUAUCAAAUAUAAUGGCACUGUGCGGGCAGCACAGCCUGAACCACUCUCGCUCGAGGAGUUGGACAGCAGAUUGGCGUCCACGCAACUGAACUUCAAAAACAAGAAGACGAUCAUGCGCCACUCGAUAGCAUUUCAAAAAGAGGAGGGGGAGGAGGGCCGCCCCCGAAAGGAGGACAGGAAAGAGAGAAAGAGAGAGAGAGGAAAAGGACGAGAAGCAAGACGGGGAGGAGGAUGA